UAUGUUUGUUCAGCAGGUGCGUGCGACUGUGCGAGUGCCGCAGCCCGUAGAUAAAGUGUACGAAAUUGUAUUCUGCUACGAGCUCCAAAAAAAUCUACAUCAUAAUGACCAGUGACCUGACCAGUGUUGGGGACUUCCGCACUAUUGUUGCGAGAGUAUCAGACCAGCUCACCUCUUUAUGCCAAAAAUGGAGACAAGAAAUUUCUAGUGAUGCCAAACUGACAGUGCACCUCAUCUCUGAUGAUGUUCUAGGUGACAUCAAUGUGGCAAUAGGCCAAGCUGAACUAUUGAAGAAGGAACGAUUCAAACAGUUUGUUGGACUCAUUGAUGCUUGUGAAUUCAAGAGGGGUGAGAAAGAAACCACCAUUCAAGAUCUGCAGGGAUUCUGGGAUAUCAUUUACUUUCAGGUUGAUGACAUUUUGCAGAAGUUUUCAGCUUUACAGAAGCUGAAAGCAAACAAAUGGAUAGAGAUUCCCAAAAAUGUUGCUAAGCCAGUUCCAUCUAAGAACAACCUCGUCAAAUCUCGUCCCCCAACGGGAAAAAUACGCACUGCUUCUUCAUUGUCCCUGAAAGCUCACAUCAUGGCUGCACGCAGUAGGAUGAACCAGCUCUCGCUCAGCAGUGAUGCUGUUGAAGAAAAGAGCGAAAAAAGUGGCAGAAUUGGUCCUAUUGUGAUACAGGACAGCUCACCUGUCAAAGUCAGUUCUGAAGAUAAAGAAAAUAUUCCAUGUGUCAAAUCAAGCUCAAAAUCAUUAUUUCCUUCAGAGAAAGUUAGCAUUGGUUUGAAUGAAUUCCAGAAAACAGAAACAGAAAAUUCGUCAGACAGUCUGUGUGGGCCGAAGACUUCUAAAGGCGCCCUUCAAACUUUAUCAGAUAAUGAAAAUUCUGAUGCCUGUCCAAAUAUGUUAACUAAAAUGGCAGGUCAGAAAAAGUCGAAAGAUCUACUCAUCCCAGAAAUCAACACCUUCGAUGCUGGCUUCUUCAAGGUGCAGACUCCAUCAAAAUCUAAUAAGCCAAAUAAAACGGCACUUUCCACUCCCCCUCGUCAUCUCUGUGUGCCAGGUUCUGACACGAAGGUUCUGUCAUCAUCGCUGCUGAAGGAGCGCAUUAAGCGCACGCCCGUCACCCACAAGGACUACAGCCCCUGCAUGCGCAUCACUAGGAGCAUGAAGAAGAUGCGAUUUGCCUCUGCACAGAAAUUAUAUUCUGAAUUUUUCUGAAAAUUUUUAUUUUUGCUCUAUCUAUCAUCAAGAAGUUUUCAACUGUGCCUUAAAAAAACGGAAUAUUGAAUAUUUUUUGAAAGUCAUCGUGUAAUUAUUUGGAUUUUUAAAUGGGAGAUUUAUCUUGAUAUAAUGUAUGGAAUAAACAAAAUUAUGCCUUAAAUUUUUCGUUCGUCUUCGAAAAUCUCCUAAUCUUGGAAAGUAUAUGAUAUGAAGCUAAAUGCACAAUUUUGUAACUGAAUAUUGCUCAUCCGACCUAUUCUUUUUUGUCCUAUGUAUUUCUUUCUUCAUAUUACGAUUUAAUCUAUAUUGAUAUAUUUUAGGUGCCAAUUUAACGGAUUAAGCAUUAUUAAUAGAUUGUUAUGAUGCAUUAGAACAGGAAUAAUUGCUGAGUCGCAGAAUUUAAUCGUAGUACAUGGUCAAUCUCUGCUCUCGCCAUUUAUAUUUAAUGAUAAAGGAAUAUGCGUGCCUCUGAGCCGCAAUGAAAGCUGCUGUGUUCCAUUGUUGGUAUAAAGCGCUUUAAAAUAAAACCAUUACUGACUGUUCUAGUCUAGUAGGUUUGAUUCAAGUAGGUAGGUUUUAUUUUACCCUCGUGUUUGCUUCGGAGACAAAUAAUUUCAUUGAUUUUUUUAUUCGUACAGCUCGGCUUGGCAAUUUAUCUAGGUUUUAUGAUUUGCAAUUUCUUGUCUGGAGUAAACUUUGAAACCUGAA